GGUGCUUGUGUUCAGAUACUCAUAUUCUGAUUUUUCCUUCAAUGGAAGUCUCAAACUUUUUUAGCUUCAUAGUACAUAACCCUGAAGCCCCACUUCCUUAUCCAUGGGAAAGAAUUAUAGAUCUUCAGAGAAGAGUUGUUUAUUACAAGAACAAUGUGACUGAAGACUUGGUGUUUGAUUCUAGGUCCUCUAUCCAUGUUGGAGGGGGAAUCUACAUGGAUAACUCUCCAUUAUCAAGUUACAUGAAUAAUCGCCAUAGACAUCUUGUUCAUCAACUGAUAAGAGCGUAUCAACUUUCUGAUGAUGUGCCAAGAGUUUUUCUCUUUAGCAUCGGUCGCCAUGAUUAUGAUAGACUUCUCUAUCACAUUGUGCAAGAAUCAACCAUUCAGUGUCCAUCAUGCAACAUGACUAUUAGGGGGCUUCCAUAAGUUUCUUAUCUAUGUAAUCUAUGAGAAUUAAAUAAAAAGUGAGCUUUAGUGUGUUUUAUCUUUUAAUGCUGGAAUAUGAAGAUAUAAAUUAUAUGUAUUUCUAUUAAAGAAUAAAA